CUCUUAUAAUCACCAACCAAGGGCUCUUAAAAAUAUUCAGCGGAAACACGGACCACAUCACAGAGAGGUUGAGGCAGACCUUGCUGCUGUGAGCAAGCUCAUCUCUGGAACAAACCGACAGCACUACUCUGCUGGUGUUCACUGGAACAGAACCAUGGAUGAGUAUGAGUAUGUAGAUACCAGGCUCUUCAACAAUUCCAAUGAUAGCAGCCAGGGGCAUGAAGACUUCCUGCAGUUCAGUAAGUUUUUUCUGCCCUGCAUGUACCUGGUGGUGUUCAUCUGUGGCCUGUUGGGGAACUCCCUGGUGCUGGUCAUAUACAUCUUCUACCAGAAGCUGAAGAGCCUGACGGACGUGUUCCUGAUGAACCUGCCCUUGGCUGACCUGGUGUUUGUCUGCACGCUGCCCUUUUGGGCCUACGCAGGCAUCCAUGAGUGGGUCUUCGGCAAUAUCAUGUGCAAAACCCUGCUGGGCAUCUACACUUUGAACUUCUACACGUCCAUGCUCAUCCUUACCUGCAUCACUGUGGACCGCUUCAUUGCAGUGGUUCGGGCCACCAAGGCCUACAACCAGCAGGCCAAGCGGAUGACCUGGGGCAAGGUCAUCUGCUUGUCCAUCUGGGUGACCUCCCUGCUGGUUUCCCUGCCGCAGAUCAUCUAUGGCAAUGUCCUUUAUCUCGACAAGCUCAUCUGUGGUUAUCACAAUGAGGAGAUUUCCACUGUGGUUCUUGCUACCCAGAUGACACUGGGGUUCUUUCUGCCACUGCUUGCCAUGAUUGUCUGCUACUCAGUCAUAAUCAAGACCCUGCUUAAUGCCCGAGGCUUCCAGAAGCACAAGUCUCUAAAGAUCAUCUUCCUGGUGGUGGCUGUGUUCCUGCUGACCCAGACGCCCUUCAACCUUGUGAAGCUCAUCCGCAGCAUAAGCUGGGAGUACUACACCAAGACCAGCUUUCACUAUGCCAUCAUAGUGACUGAGGCCAUCGCCUAUCUGCGGGCCUGCCUUAACCCCGUGCUCUAUGCCUUUGUUGGCCUGAAGUUUCGAAAGAACUUCUGGAAGCUUGUGAAUGACAUUGGCUGCCUCCCUUACCUGGGGGUCUCAAGCCAAUGGAAGUCUUCUGAGGACACUUCCAAGACUUGUUCUGCCUCCCACAACGUGGAGGCCACCAGCAUGUUCCAGCUGUAAGCCUUGCCAGAGCUCAGAGAAGCUGCUCGGGAAUUUACAGGAGCUUGGCUGUGUCCUGUUGUUACGACAAGAAAGGCUCUGUUUAUAGCUUGUGCAUUCUCGUGGAGAAGUAAUCAAAUGCUGUUGCUGGCGUGGAAUGCUUCUUGGGCACGAACACAUUCUGUUCUCUUCUUGAACACACAGGCCUAAAGCUCAAAGGGAGUCUAAAAACUCUAAGGGCUUUCCUUCCUCUAUCCCCAAGAAUGCCGACACCAAGGAAGUGACACAUGACUCUCAAGACCUCAGGUUCUCCUUCAGUGGGACUAGGACUCAAGGUUGAAGAGAGGAGCAUGGCCAACAAAGCUGUUGAUGGCAGGUGACACUCUGGGCUCCCAAGUUCAGAAGAUUUUUCUGGCUACUGGGAAGCAGGGAAGAUUAGACCAACCAUGAAAACAAGUGCUGGCCCAUAUGGCUGAGACCUCAAUCACCAGGCACCUAACAGAAAUGAGAUCAGGUUCUGCCUCACCUUGGGGUUUAACUUUCAUGUAGAUAGAUGCUUAUGUUCUCUUUGCUUCAUCCUGGAAGGACCAGCAGCAGGGAAUAUGAAUGUGCCAAAACAAAUUAGAAUCAGCUGAGAAUUCCAGUGGUCCACAGAAUGAUAGAAAAAUGUGCAAAGCAGAGUUUAAGACUAUCAAGAAUCUAAGCAGCAUUUCUGAAAUGGAUUCUCUGGUGGGUUUGCUCAUUUAAAAACUGAAUUAUCCAAUACCUGACACACACACAUAUAAGUCA